UGAAUCAUGCAAGCCUUUCUGAAAGGUACUUCGUCUAUCAGUACAAAGCCUUUGAAGGAAAAGAGUGCAGCUGCAGCAGGAACCAGUUCAGAUAGCAAGAAACAAAAAUCCAUUCCUUGGGUAGAAAAGUACCGUCCCAAGUGUGUGGAUGAAGUUGCUUACCAGGAUGAAGUUGUUGGUGUACUGAAAAAAUCAUUACAGGGAGCUGAUCUUCCAAAUCUUCUUUUUUAUGGUCCCCCUGGUACUGGGAAGACAUCUACAAUUUUAGCAGCUGCUCGGGAGCUCUUUGGACCAGAGCUUUUUCGACAAAGAGUUCUUGAAUUAAAUGCUUCUGAUGAACGUGGAAUCCAGGUGGUUAGAGAAAAAGUGAAAAACUUUGCUCAGCUUGUCGUGGGAGGAACCCGGUCAGAUGGCAAGCCUUGCCCUCCAUUCAAAAUUGUUAUUUUGGAUGAGGCUGACUCCAUGACAGGAGCAGCUCAGGCUGCAUUGAGGCGCACAAUGGAGAAAGAGUCCAAGACAACACGUUUCUGCCUCAUCUGCAACUACGUAAGCAGAAUUAUUGAGCCCCUAACAUCUCGAUGUUCCAAGUUCCGAUUUAAACCAUUAUUAGACAAAAUACAGGAACAGCGAAUGCUUGAAAUUUGUGAGAAGGAAAAUGUAAAAUACAACAAUGAGGCAAUACAAACUCUUGUUCAGGUGUCUGAAGGAGAUCUCAGAAAAGCUAUCACAUUUUUGCAGAGUGCGACUCGAUUGACAGGUGGGCUUGAGAUUACCAAGGACACAAUUACUGAAAUUGCUGGGGUUGUCCCUAGGAAGAUGAUUGAUGGUUUGAUCACUGCAUGCCACAGUGGUUCCUUUGAGAAGCUUGAAAGUGCUGUAAGGAACGUUGUAAAUGAAGGACAUGCAGCUACACAGCUCAUUAACCAACUUCAUGAUAUUAUUAUUGAAAUGGAUGACCUCAGUGACCGACAGAAAUCUGGAAUUACAGAAAAACUUGCAGAAGUGGACAAAUGCCUGUCUGAUGGUGCUGAUGAAUACUUGCAAAUGAUUAGUUUGUUUGCUGUUAUAAUGCAACAGGUCACACAAAACUGAAUGUUUGUGGCAUCAAGGAAGGCAGAAUUACAGACCAAAGUUGCAUGUCCAUAAUGAUGUGUUUACACCUGGUGACAGUUUGGAUUUUGAAUGCCGUUUUUUUUUUUUUUUUUUCAUGUUUUAACUUGCACCAUAACCAGUUCCUAUCUUUGAAUUUGAUUGGAAACCACAGUAAUACUUGCUCAAGCAGUAAAAAAAUGCAUUGAUGUUUGUAAAGUUGUAAUACAGUCGUUCAUUGUUCUUGUUUUUGAAAAUGCUAAAGAUAUUCAUAAUCUACACUAAAGGGGGAUAACAUCUGCAGAAGGUCCAUAAGUUAGAACCAUUGUUACAGCUCUGUUCCUUUAUAAGUGUAAUAAACUGCACAUUUUCAUUUUUGUAAAAA